ACUUCAAUGCGGUUUCUGGACUCAGAGAUGAUGGAGGAGAGAGUUUUAGGCCACCAAAGCAGAGUUCACAGCAUCGAGGCUAUUUUGGGCUUCAGAGAGGAGCAGAGCAGCCUGAAGAAGAACAGGAUGGACAGUGUUCUUUGUGACGUCAGAGCCGGCGACCCGGUGAGCCCCGAGUUAUCGGAAGGUGCCGACGUGAAGCUCUCGGACGAAGAGCGCGCGAAAAAGAAGCACCGGCGCAACCGGACCACGUUCACCACCUUCCAGCUGCACGAGCUCGAGAGGGCGUUUGAAAAGUCGCGUUACCCGGACGCGUGCAGCCGAGAAGAGCUCGCGCUCAAAGUCAACCUGCCGGAAGUGCGCGUGCAGGUUUGGUUCCAGAACCGUCGUGCUAAGUGGCGUCGUCAGGAGAAGUUGGAGUUGAGCUCCAUCAGCCCCAUCAAGCUGCAGGACUCAUCUAUGCUCUCCUUCCCCAGAUCUCCUGCUCUCGAACCCUGGAUUGCACCACCUUGCAUCUCUUCCUCCACUUCUCCACUGCACUCCUUCCCACCGUUCUUUACCUCUCCAAACAGUUACACACCUCCAUCUUUCCUCGGGACACCCACCAUCAAUCAAGCUCUGCCCCCAGUGGGAGCUCCAUGUCCUACUCCUUCAGCUCCUCCUCCUCCACUUCCCUUUCACUGUUCAAGCUUCAUGGACACACUGUCUCUGGAGGACGCUGACCCUCGCAACUCCAGCAUCGUCUCGCUCAGGAUGAAGGCCAAGGAGCACAUUCAGGCCAUAGGGAAGACCUGGUAG